AUGGCCAAAGAGAAAUUGCUGGUUGCAUCAACGACCCCUGUUGAUCUCGACGAUUCCGACAAAAAGAAGUCAACUGAAUCUGACUCCUCCAAGGUAGAGUCAAAAGACGACGAGUCCAAGGAAUUGGCGGACGAGGAGACGACCAAGGACGAUAAGGAAGACAAGAAUGAAGACAAGACUGAGGACAAGGACACCGAAACCACCGCAGUCAAGCCAAAGGAGCCAGGAUCAAAGGAGCUGAAACAAGAGGAAGAAGGAGGGGCUCCUCCUCCACCUGAGAGACCACUUUCACCUCUUUCGAGGGUCAAGAAGGACCUCCAGGAUGCCUUCCCCAAUGUCGAGGAAAAGUAUGUCCAGGCUGUCCUUAUCGCCUCUCAGGGCCAACCUGACCCUGCAUUCAAUGCCCUUCUCUACAUUCUGGAUCCGACCUUCGUUCCUGACAUCACGCCUCCAGCUCCACCAGUGCCUCCAAAGCAGGAAUUGACGGACGACGAACUUUUGGCUAGAAAGUUGCAAAAGGAGUUCGAGAGAGAGGACAGAAAGCGCCGUGCUCAGCAUCGCCGCAAGAACCAGCAGCCUGUCCCAGGAGACGAGUCGCCUGACGAAAUUGACCAAUUGAAGGAGUCCUUCACCCAGGGCUUCGAGGAGGCCAAGACCACAAUCAACGGCUGGGUGCUGGGUCUCUCAAAGAAGUUCUCCCAGGAGCCAGAUAGCCAGAACCGCACGCAAAGCCCCAAGCUCUUUGGCGCUUUGGGUGGCCUGUCAUUUAACCAGAACCAGAGAGCCAAGCGUUUUGACGAGGAUCCGGAGAUUUUGUCUCUGGACUUCAACCAAAAGGUGAACCUCGAGCAGGACAAGCCCCCUCUGUUGCCCAAGCGUGAAAAGAGCCCUGGACAGAAGGAGGAGCCCAAAUGGCAGCCACUCAACUCUGAUGUCCCAGUGACCCUGGAUGCUUUCCUUGUGACAGACUCUGAGGACGAGGAGCCAGCUACAGCUACGACGAAUAAGAAGUGA